AUGAAGUGGUUGGCCAAUUAGCAAAUGGUAAUUUAGUAUCCUUGGUGUGAGCUGUUCUUGUAAGGCACCUCACAUAUCGUUUUGAUAUUUAAAUGCAUUAUGCUGUACGAGCUAUACACCCACAGUUAAGAGGAAAGUCAACUAGGCAAAGAACAGAGAGCGAGAGAGGGGGAGAGAUAAAAUUAAGCAUCUAUGGGAAUCCAGGAAGGUAGGGAAGCCUUAAUAUUCGGUUACGCCAUUGAAGGAAAUACCAGAAUCCUCGAUCGUGCCAAUAUUACUCAAUAUGGAGAGAGCAGCUAUCUGAGCCGUACACCUAGUCUGGGAAACAACAUUAUUCACUUAGCAGCUCGGAGUGGCAAGACAACAUUCGUGGAUGCCGCGAUUCGUCUGUUUCCCGAUCUUCUGUGGCAGAAAAAUAAUAAUGAUAACACGGUUGUUCAUGAGGCUGCUGCGGAGAUGGGAACUAAGGAUUGCGUCAGGUUCCUCAUUUCCUACCUCAAGAGCAGCAUGUCUAGCAGUACUACCAGUUCUGCUUCUGAUCAUAACAGAAGUAAUGCUACUGCUAUUGCUGUGCCAUUUCUACUAGAAAGAAAUUGUGACGGAGAAACGCCAUUUCAUGUCGCACUUAGAUGCCGAAACAUGGCCGCUGCUGAGGAAUUGUUUGCAGAUGUUAACACCCGUCAACAGAUCUUGCACAUCAAGAACAAUUGUGGAGAGACUCCUCUACAUCUCUAUGCCCGGUAUUGCGCUGGUGGGACAUUUCCUAAAGACUUAGAACACGAUGACAACCAUAAUGUAGUUGACAAGCCGAAGUUUAUCAAAGCAUUGAUCACUGCAAAUUCUGCUGCAAUCUUUGAACAAGAUUCGGAUGGUUUUAUUCCUGUAAUGAGAGCAGCGCAGUAUGGUCGUGUCCAUGCUGUCCUUUGGAUGCUUAGUUACAAACAGUCAACGGAAUGUCGUGAUUUAAAGGGAAGGAAUGUUUUGCACCAUUUGCGGCUAAGGAUAGCUGAUCUUAAUGCAAGAGACAAAGAUUAUACGUUUUGGAUUUGCAAGAAAAUCCUAGCACUAUGUGAAGUUUAUACUCUCAUAUUCUUACAAGACAAAGAUGGGAAUACGCCAUUACAUUUGGCCAUUAUGGAUCGAGAUUUUGAUAUUGCGGAAUUGAUCCUGAAAUAAUAUGUCGAGGCUUAUUUAAAAGCAAGGAAAGAGUUGAUUGUAAGCAUCAAGAAUAAAGAGGGAAAGACAGUGUUAGACUUGAUUACAUCCGUACCAGACAUUCCUAUAACCCUUAGGAGACUGAUGGAACAAAUUAGUAUGGGAUAUAUGAUGCAUGAGGAACUGUACGAAGCAGCUAAAAUGGGAGAUGUGGGUGUUUUCGGACAACAACGAUCUGAAGUCGGUAACGUUUCUCAAGAAACUGGAUCUACAACAAAAAAUACUCUAGAUGAUGAGUAUUUUCUUUCUCAAGCUGUUGAUGGACGCAACAUCCUUCACAUAGCUCUUGAACAUGAGCGUGAAGUCUUCAUUACAACGGCUAUUAAAAGCUUCCCAAAUCUUAUGUACCACAAAGAUUCUAAUGGUGACACGCCAUUGCACAGUGCUGCUAGGCUUCGUUCUAAUCAUUCAGCAUAUGAGUUAUUAAGAGAAUCUUUCCAUUAUUGGUAUAACAAUAACAGGCAGAGUUACGAUGUAUCUUUACGUGUACCACCGUGGAAGGUGACAAACUCGAGAAGCAAUACGCCACUUCAUGAAGCUGCACGUACCAGUAACUAUAGCUCCUUGUAUACUUUCAUUGCCAAUUGCAUAACCCCCGAAAUUAUGUCGGAAGCCAUGUCAGAUGUGAACGAGGAUGAUGAAACUAUUCUUCACUUGAUUGCGAGAUACGGCCAAAA